GCGGCCGCCCGCGAAGGGGGCGGGACGCCAUUCCCUUCCUUCCCGGCUUCUGGAUAUGGAGAAGCGCCCUUUGCAGCCCCUUUGGAAGUGAUUAGAGGGCCCUUAAGCGGCUGAUUGCUGACCUCAGACACACUCCAGCCUUUUAAUGAAGCUGCCCAUUGAUAUUCGAGAGCUACAAGAAACUCCUGAAAAGAAAGAACAGACGACAUACCAAGGAACAACAGAACUGCAAGUCUGUUCAUCUUUGUGGGACUGGCUUGGCAGAAGAAAGAAAACAGGCCCAAACUGAAGAAGCCUUUUUUCAUAGCCAACUGAGAAAGGCAUCUUUUCAGAGUCGAAGGCUACCGAGUAGAAGAAGGAGAUGGGAGAACAGGACCCAGAAGGAGUGGGACCCUGCAAGAGAGCAACGAAUGGCCCCUGUCCCAUGCAAGCUGGGAGUGGUGUUGAAUUCUGGGAGAGAGCCGUGCCGGAGAUCUGGAAUCAAGAGCCCCUGAACACGGAAGUACUUUGCCGACACUUCCGGCAGUUCCGUUACCAUGAUGCUGAUGGGCCCCGGGAAGUUUGCAGCCAGCUGCAUGGACUGUGCAACCGCUGGCUGAAGCCAGAGAGGCACUCCAAGAAGCAGAUCCUGGACCUGUUGAUCCUGGAGCAUUUCCUGGCCAUCCUGCCCCGAGAAAUGCAGCGCUGGGUGAGAGGAUGCUGUCCGGAGAGCAGUUCCCAAGCGGUGGCCCUGGCAGAGGGCUUCCUCCUGAGUCAAGCCGAGGAGAAGAGGCAGGCAGAGCAGAGGUGGGGUCCAUCCGUGAAGAUGGAAAGGAAGUUCUCCGAGAGGGAAAGAGCUCCGCUGGAGGAAGGGCAACCUGCCCAUGACCAGGAACGUGCCCAAAAUGCCCUCUCACGCGGCCAGGAAGAGAGAGUGUUGAUCCCUUCUCUUUGCGGAGGUGUGAAAACAGCAGCUGCACCUCCGGCCCAGUCUCUGGUUUCCUUUGGGGAGGUGGCCGUGUAUUUCGGAGAGGCAGAAUGGGCAUUACUGGAUCCAGACCAAAGAGCUCUCUACGAGGGCGUCAUGCAGGACAACUACGAGAGUGUGGCCUCUCUGGCAGAGGAAGUAGAGGAAAUAGUUGAAGGAUUCCAGGGAUUCUCUGUGGAGAAAGCCAAGGAUCAGGAUUCCAAAGGAAAGUCUGAAGAUGAAGACAGGUCACAGAGUCAGGAGGGAAGUCACACAGACCAGAGAAGGGAUAACCCCAUUCUGUCCCAAGGAGGAGGUUUUUGUGAAGUCCCAGUCCAAGAAGCAAGAUCAACCUCAACAGACAAGAAUGAGGGCAUCCAUGUUAACCAGAGAAUCCUCUCCAGGCAAAAUGAACAUGAAAACAUGGCCUUUGGAAAGACCUUCAGUAAGAACAUCAGUCUUAUUUUCGAGAGGCAAAUUUCAUCUGGAGAGAAACUGUAUGAUAGCAUAAAGUGCAGAAAGACCUUCAGUCAGAAAUCAGCCCUUCCUUCACAUCUAAAAAUUCACCCAGCAUGGGAUGAGCAGUGGACUGAAGGCAAUGACCAAGUGCACGAGCUAUUGCCAGAGGAAGAGAAGAAUGGAGAUUUGAAAGGAAAAUUCUGGAAUCAAGGCAAACCGGAAAAGCAGACAGGAAGUCACAUGCCUGAGAAGAGGGAUGAAUAUAUUCCUGGCCCAGGACGGGAUUGCCAUGAAGUAAUCCACGCAGUAGAGGAAACAUAUAAGUGCCUGGAAUGCAGAAUGAACUUCUCAGCUCUCAGCCAGUAUGAAAUCCAUUUGCAAACACACAGUGGAAAGAAGAAACAUCAAUGUUUGGGUUGUGGCAUGACUUUCCUUAGCAGAGCAAAGCUCCUAUGGCAUCAAAGAAAACAUCAAAGAGAGAAACCUUAUAGUUCCUCAGACUUUGGCAAGAGCUUGUCACAAAAAUCAGAUUUUCUUCAACACCAAAGGACUCAUUCAGGAAAGAGGGCAUUAAUCUGCUUAGAUAGGAAAAAGACCUUUUCUGGUAGUAGAAAGGGUAAUGUACAUAUUCCAAAACACAGCAUAAUGAGAGUACAAAUAUGCUUCAUCUGUGGAAAGUUGUUCAGCUGCAGAUCAAAGCUCCUUGUGCACCAAAGAACCCACACAGGAGACAAACCUUUUGAAUGCAGAGUGUGUUCAAAGAGAUUCAGUCAGAGUUUGCAUCUUCAACAGCAUCAAAGAACGCACACAAAUGAAAGACCUUUUGAAUGCCCAGAAUGUGGAAAAAGAUUCAGUCAUAAUAGCAGUCUUCAACGGCAUCAAAGAACUCACACAAAUGAGAGACCUUUUGAAUGCCCAGAGUGUGGAAAGAGAUUCAGUCAGAGUAGCAAUCUUCAGCAGCAUCAAAGAACCCACACAGGAGACAAACCUUUUGAAUGCCCAGAGUGUGGAAAGAGAUUCAGUCAGAGUAGCAAUCUUCAACAGCACCAAAGAACCCACACAGGAGACAAACCUUUUGAAUGCAGAGAGUGCUCAAAGAGAUUCAGUCAGAGUUUGUAUCUUCAACAGCAUCAAAGAACUCACAGAAAUGAGAGAUCUUUUGAAUGCUCAGAGUGUGGAAAGAGAUUCAAAGAAAUUGGCACUCUUAAACAGCAUCAUAGAACUCACACAAAUGAGAGACCUUUUGAAUGCUUAGAGUGUGGGAAAAGAUUCAGUCGGAGUAGCAGUCUUCAACAGCAUCAAAGAACUCACACAAAUGAGAGACCUUUUGAAUGCUCAGAGUGCGGAAAGAGAUUCAAAGAAAGUAACACUCUUAAACAGCAUCAAAGAACUCAUGCAGGGGAGAAACCUUUUGAAUGUUCAGAGUGUGGAAAAAGAUUCAGUCGGAGUAGCAGUCUUCAACAGCAUCAAAGAACUCACACAAAUGAGAGACCUUUUGAAUGCUCGGAGUGUGGAAAGAGAUUUAAAGAAAGUGGCACUCUUCAACGGCAUCAAAGAACUCACACAAACGAGAGACCUUUUGGAUGCUCAGAGUGUGGAAAGAGAUUUAGUCAGAGUAGCGCUCUUCAGCGGCAUCAAAGAACUCACAGAAAUGAGAGACCAUUUGAAUGCUCAGAGUGUGGAAAGAGAUUUGGUCAGAAUAGUGCUCUUCAGCGGCAUCAAAGAACUCACACAAAUGAGAGGCCUUUUGAAUGCUCACAGUGUGGAAAGAGAUUCAAUGAACGUGACACUCUUCAACAGCAUCAAAGAACUCACACAAAUGAGAGACCUUUUGUAUGCUUAGAGUGUGGAAAGAGAUUCAAUCAGAGUGGCCAUCUUCAACAGCAUCAAAGAACUCACACAAAUGAGAGACCUUUUGAAUGUUUAGAGUGUGGAAAGAGAUUCAAAGAAAGUGGCACUCUUAAGCAGCAUCAAAAAACUCACAGAAAUGAGAGACCUUUUGAAAGCUCAGAGUGUGAAAAUCUGCCCAUAUGGGAAUGUCAGGGCUCAUAUUCAACUCUUUGCACUGAAUUUUGAAGGCAGUUCUUUAGACUGCUCAGUUGAUUCAACUUUGAUUUUUUUCAAUCGAUCAUGAUCUUGGUAAAGUCUGGUCCCAUGUGAAACAAUGGGGUUGUCCCCAUAGAAGGGAAACACAGGUAUGUGGAAGGUGUUUUCCAGGUUUCUCCCCAUUACCUGGAUACCCCUGCAACUUCUUUGCAGGAAACCCUCCUUCCCUCAAAUCUCUCUCUCUCUUUCUCCCUGGUUGGACUUCUGCUCCAUGAACUCUCAGCAAUUCUCACCUUCUCACUCACCUUGGAACAAGAAAUAUUGUACUCACUCUAUCCUGCCUCCCUCCCCCCUUCUUAGUUUUUGCAGGUGCACCUACGAGGACUUUGGGAAUUAGCUCUUGUGUAGAUUCUCUGCUAUUUUACUUUCAUUCUUUUUUGUAUCCCAUAAAAUUAAAAGUGUGAUCACUUCACCUUUUUUUGUAAUUUUAUUCUUGGAUACCCCUUCUGAGAUCUACCCUGGGAUUCGUAGACUAGAAGAACUGGAGUUUGAAAUGUGGAUUUUGAAUCUAAGAUUAAAAAAUUCUGAGGGUAACUGA